GCCCGGUCCGCCCUCGUGGCUGUAGGCUCCCCGCCACCCUUUGGCCCGCGCGCGCUCUGGGUGGGGCCUCCUCGCUGCCUCGGGAUGCGGCCGGGUGGGGUGCGCUGGGCGGGCGCUGCUAGCCGGCUGGGCGGUGCGCCGGGGCAGCUCCAGCCGCACGCCGCGUCGCUGUAAUCGGACACCCGUGCGCUCACCCCCCCGCGCCUGCCCGGCUACUUUCCAUUCACUCCGAGGUGCCCGAUUGAACGACGCGGGGAAGGGCUCCGGGUGCCACGGCACUGCGGCGCUGAGAAUUCCUUUACAAAGAAAGUCAGGGGAUCCAGAAGAAAGAAUCGCACUAUUGGAGACGCACUAAGAAUUAAGAUCUGUGGAAAAGGACUCAGAUCGGGGUAUCCAACCUGGUAGCACAUCGAUGACUUGUCUGCGCUGAUCUCUUCCAACCUCGGUAUUUUCCCUUGGAUAUUGACUUCCAAAGCUGAAGAAAUGGCGUUCCAGGCAAUUUUCAUGUUGGUUGGAGUACUCCUUUGUUCUAUCUGUGUAAAAGGAUCUUCUCAGCCCCAAGCAAGAGUUUACUUAACAUUUGAUGAACUUCGGGAAACCAAGACAUCUGAACACUUCAGCCUAUCCCACCACCCUUUAGACUACAGGAUAUUACUAAUGGAUGAAGAUCAGGACCGGAUAUAUGUGGGCAGCAAGGAUCACAUUAUUUCCUUGAACAUUAAUAAUAUCAGCCAAGAACCUUUGAGUGUUUUCUGGCCAGCAUCUACAAUCAAAGUUGAUGAGUGCAAAAUGGCUGGCAAAGAUCCCACACAUGGCUGUGGGAAUUUUGUUCGUGUGAUUCAGACCUUCAACCGCACUCAUUUAUAUGUAUGUGGGAGUGGAGCUUACAGUCCGGUUUGUACUUACCUGAACAGAGGAAGGAGAUCAGAGGACCAAGUUUUCAUGAUUGACUCCAAGUGUGAAUCUGGAAAAGGACGAUGCUCUUUCAAUCCCAAUGUGAACACCGUGUCUGUUAUGAUCAAUGAAGAGCUUUUCUCUGGGAUGUACAUAGAUUUCAUGGGCACAGAUGCUGCUAUUUUUCGAAGUUUAACCAAGAGGAAUGCAGUCAGAACUGAUCAACAUAAUUCUAAAUGGCUAAGUGAGCCUAUGUUUGUGGAUGCACAUGUCAUCCCAGAUGGCACUGAUCCAAAUGAUGCUAAGGUAUAUUUCUUCUUCAAAGAAAAGUUAACUGACAAUAACAGGAGCACAAAACAGAUUCAUUCCAUGAUUGCUCGAAUAUGUCCUAAUGACACCGGUGGGCUGCGGAGCCUCGUUAACAAGUGGACCACCUUCUUGAAGGCAAGGCUUGUGUGCUCCGUCACAGAUGAAGAUGGCCCAGAGACACACUUUGAUGAGUUAGAGGAUGUAUUUCUUCUGGAAACUGAUAAUCCAAGGACAACUCUAGUGUAUGGCAUUUUUACAACAUCCAGUUCAGUUUUCAAAGGCUCAGCAGUAUGUGUGUACCAUUUAUCUGAUAUACAGACUGUGUUUAAUGGGCCUUUUGCCCACAAAGAAGGGCCCAAUCACCAACUGGUUUCCUAUCAGGGUAGAAUUCCUUAUCCUCGCCCUGGAACUUGUCCAGGAGGAGCAUUUACACCCAAUAUGCGAACCACCAAAGAAUUUCCAGAUGAUGUUGUGACUUUCAUCCGGAACCACCCUCUCAUGUACAACUCCAUCUACCCCAUCCACAGAAGGCCUUUAAUAGUUCGUAUAGGCACCGACUACAAGUACACAAAGAUAGCUGUGGACAGAGUCAGUGCUGCCGAUGGUAGAUACCAUGUCCUGUUUCUUGGAACAGAUCGAGGUACCGUGCAAAAGGUUGUAGUCCUUCCUAUGAACAGCUCUGCCAGUGGUGAACUCAUUCUAGAGGAAAUGGAAGUCUUUAAGGCUCAUGUGCCAAUAACAACAAUGAAAAUCUCAUCCAAAAAGCAACAGUUGUACGUGAGCUCCAUUGAAGGGGUUUCCCAAGUCUCUCUGCACCGCUGUCACAUGUAUGGCACAGCCUGUGCAGACUGCUGCCUGGCCAGGGACCCCUACUGUGCCUGGGAUGGCCAUUCAUGCUCCAGGUUCUAUCCCACAGGGAAGCGGAGGAGCCGAAGACAAGAUGUGAGACAUGGAAAUCCACUGACUCAAUGUAGAGGAUUUAAUCUGAAAGCAUAUAGAAAUGCAGCUGAAAUUGUUCAAUAUGGAGUCAAAAAUAACACCACGUUCCUGGAGUGUGCCCCUAAGUCUCCACAGGCAUCGAUAAAGUGGUUGCUACAAAAAGACAAAGACAGGAGGAAAGAGGUUAAGCUGAAUGAGAGAAUUAUUGUCACUUCUCAAGGACUCCUGAUUCGUGCUGUUCAAGAUACUGACCAAGGGCUCUACCACUGCAUUGCAACUGAGAAUAGUUUCAAGCAGACCAUAGCCAAGAUCAACUUCAAAGUUUUAGAUUCAGAAAUGGUGGCUGUUGUGACAGAUAAAUGGUCCCCAUGGACCUGGGCCAGCUCAGUAAGGGCACUACCCUUUCACCCUAAGGACAUCAUGGGGGCCUUCAGCCACUCUGAAAUGCAGAUGAUCAAUCAAUACUGCAAAGACACCCGGCAGCAGCAGCAGCCGCAAGGAGAAGAAUUGCAGAAGAUGAGAGGGGACUAUGGCAAAUUGAAGGCUCUCAUCAACAGCAGGAAAAGUAGAAACAGGAGGAAUCAGCUGCCAGAAUCCUAAGGUCUUCAAUCAAGCUUCUGCUUCCAGCAACAAAUGCUCUGUUUGCAAUGAUCAAAUUUUACAAUCAAUAUUGUAUUUUACCCAUGAAAAGUUCCUGCUAAAAGUCAACUACUCACUCCUAAAGUGAGUUUAAUGGGAACUGAAAUGAGCAUGCAUUUUCUUGUAUGAUAUUGACUAGCACUAGACAUGUCAUGGUCCUCAUGGUGCAUAUAAGUAUUUAACUUAACCCAGAAUUUAUUUAUAUCUUUACCCAUCCUUUCCUCAAAAUCAACGUUGGGACUACGAAAGUAGAACUGUUACAUCCCUCGAUUGAGUGAGGGACAAAACUAUGGGCUCUAAGGGUUUCGAUUUUUAAUUGUCAAUGAUUUUUAUAUAUGGUAAUCAAUUCCAGAUCACAAUCUUCACAUAGUGAAAGUUACAGAAAUGCAUGUGAUAGAAUUAAAAUCAAAAGAAGUGUAGAAUAGCUAAAUGACAGGGAAGAAGGCAAGGAAAUAAUUAGUUGAUAUGUUUUCAGUGAAAUAUAUUAUUGUUUUUAAAGAUUGUAAAAUUGUUGUCAGUUGCUGAUAAAUGCCAUUGAUUUUAUUCUCAUAUAUCUGGAAGAAUAAAUAAAAAUCUUUGAUGGGAGAUAUAUCAGUGAACAUUUAGGUUUAUAUUGUUAUGUUAUUAUCUUCCAAACAAAAGCACUUUUCUUUUUUUGGAAGUGUUUUUAAGUUAUUAUGGACUUUAGUUUAAUUUGACACUAUUUAUGGCAUAUUGUUUAGAUUUUAAUCUUUCUAGUCUGCAUGGGAUAUCAGAAUAAGAAAAACAUUUUGAAGUAGCAAACCUCUAUAUGAAGUGUAAAACCACCAGAAUGAAAAAGAAUAAAUGUAGAAAAUUUGUUAUCAGGAAGAAUUUAUACCAAAUGUGGCUCAUAUUCAAAUUCAGCAGUCAAGUUCUGUGAUUAAUUCCCAUUUUUAUAAAACUGAAAAUCAAGAUGUUAAUUUUUUUCAGUCAACAUUUCCCUGUUUUAUAAUCAUUUGUUUUUGAGAGAUGUCCAUUUGUCCAAGAAAUAAAAAGAUAAUAUAUAUGAACAA